CGACUACCUACAUCAUUCGUGAUUCAACCUGCAGUUCCCAUGGUCAGAAUACCUCCUUGGCGCCAUCCGAGGUGCCUAUGAGCUUCGCGCCCCGACCAGUUCGCCAGCCUGAGACGACGCAGCAAGCUUCCUCAAGCUCCAACGGAAGGACCAUGACACCCGCACAAGUCUUGCACGAACAGGGCCCGGCGGAGCGGUCCGGCUCAUUUGAGCCCUUGACUAGCGCAACGGCCACCUCGCUUCUCGCGCGACCGAGGGCGAAGCACCUUGGACCUGCCCAUAUAGCCACGCUUGGUAUGCUGAUCAUCGACGAAUUCAUCUAUCUUGACUCCACGACUGGAAGUCGAAUUUCGAAAGCUGAGCACCUGAGGAAAAGAGGUAUCAAAGGUCCGAGCGACGAUGAUUCGCAGUCGAGCUUCGAAGGAGCUGACGACGAUGACGACGAGCAAAUCGGCGGAGGAGGAGUCUACUUUGUCAUUGGAGCUCGUGUAUGGUCUCGUCCGCAAGAGAUAUUGAGUAUCCUCGACGUGGGACCCAACUUCACACCAAAGAUGAGGAACAAGUUGCGCUCUUUCGAUGAUGGCGAAGGAUCUUCGCAAUCGCCUCAGAGCAUGUGGGUGUGGAGGGAUAGACCGGAAGGAACCACGCGCGCAGCAAACAUAUAUACUGGAGAGAAGCGAGGAUUCGAGUAUUUGACUCCGAAAAGGCGACUUGAUCCUCAAGAUUUGAGCGUGGCAGCCCCUGGCCAUUGCUUACCUCGUUGGAUCCACGCCAUUUGCUCUCCCGAUCGGAUCGUUGCCAUCGUUCAGGAAGCGCGCCUACUCAGCAGGCAGCAAGGACAAGCACACGCUCCUCGCAUUGUGUGGGAGCCCAUUCCGGACUCAGCUAGACCAGAGAACCUCGACGGAUUGCUCGACGCUGCUGGUAUGGUCGACGUGCUGAGCCCAAAUCACGUCGAGGCUCACAACUUUCUCAACACAUCGAGGCAACGAAGCACACCGGGCUACAUCGCUGAUCUCGAUGAUCCUUCUCUGACUCUUGGCGAAUUCAAGUUGCAAGUAGAGAGAGAUGGGCAUGAUUUGUUGCAACUCUGUGCAGCAUCUGGCAGUCAUGCCCCUCUACUGGUCAUUCGGGCUGGGAAGCACGGGAGUGUGGGUCUGAAUCAAGGCUGUGAAGAGAGUGUGUGGUGCGCUCCAUACCAUGGCGAGGACAAGCAGCACGAAGUGGUGGAUGUGACUGGUGCUGGAAAUGCCUUUCUGGGAGGUUUAACUUGGUCAUUGGCUCAAAUUGACGAGCCAAAUUUGGACCUCGCUGAGCUCCGUAAGAUGGCGCUAGGCCAGGCGCUGAAACAUGGCGCGGUAUCAGCUUCAUAUGUGGUGGAGCAGCGCGGCAUGCCGCGAGUCACGCCCGCUCAACAUCCGGAAGAUGGCUCAGGGUUGAAGUGGAAUCACCAUCUCACGAAUCCUUCGGAGCGUUUUGCAGCAAUGCAGUAGAUUUCUC